AUGUCUCUGCAGGGCGAGGACGCGUUGGUGGCUUUCGAGAGCUUUAGUUUCCUGGUGAAGUGCCUCGGUGUCAAUCCGCCCAUCUCUUGUGAACGCAAACGGACACGGUGCGGUCACCAAUGUCUCAACGUUCUGUCGAUCCUCCUUUCCACGGCAUUCUACAGCUACCUGCUGGCGUCUUCGUUAGACUCGCAGCAGCUGAGAGUCAACUGGAAAUCGUUGAUCAUCGCACGGUUGCACGAUCUCUACUUCAUCCUCCGCUACCUCACCGUGAUCGUGGUGCAGUUGCAUGUCCUUCGAACGGGCGGUGAAACCAAUCGCAUGUUUCGUGCUCUGAACAACAUUUCCAACGCCAUAAGCCUGCUGGCCAAUCGAAAAGGAUUCACUUGCACGCUGCACUACUUCGGGACGAUCAGUUUCGCCAAAAGUUUACGUAUUUUCGCCGUAGCCUAUCCGUUGGUUUGCCUAAUGCUUUCCAGCAUAUUGAUCGACACGCUGGAGAUGAAACCCUUCGGAGGGAGCCACUUUCAGUUCGUGCGCAUUCUGUACUUCGAAACGUACGUUCAGCUGUGGUUACAGGCCACGUUGGCCCUGCUGUUGGUCCAUUCACGGUACGAAGCGCUGAAAGAGUUGUUCGGGUAA